AAUAGAGAUGAUUGGAGAGAUCGCUUCGUGGCUGUCAAGUCCGCGAGACGCUGCGGCCCUUUCCCUGACUGGGAAGCUGUUUAAUAAAGAGAUGGAGCGACGCAUAUACAACAGCAUUUCCCUCCCAAUCAUCGAUCUCGAUGACACACACUGGGCGCUGCUGUUGCGGACAUUUGCAUCGCGACCAGACCUGGCCGCAAGAGUUCAGAAACUCGAGCUUGAGAUUCACUAUUGCACAUACACCAGUUGUCCAGGCCGAUGCCUACCUUCAUACAUGCCGGCUACUGGGUUUUCAUCAAUCGAAGACGACACACUUGUAAUCAAGUAUCCUCCCGGCGACUCGACCCGAGUGAGCUCUCAGGAACUCCAGUCACUCUACGCCGGCAAAUUUUGUCCAGCGGCACAAGUUCUCACUCUAGCCAAUUUGACGCCGAAGCUGAAGCACCUCAGUGUAGCUAUAGAUGACAGUAACCAAAGAUUACAGAGUAUAUUUUUUAUGCGUUCCAUGAGGGAACCAACGGCCGAGUGCUGGCAAAGGCUCUUCCGCUCAGUACGACCGAGUCUAUCGUACUUGGAAAGUCUCAGCAUUACAGGUAUCGGAGGUCUCGACGGAGGAAUAGGAGUACGGUACAAACACGACUUCAACGACUUGUCAUUCUUCUGGAAUAUGCCAUCGUUGAAGACCUUGCGCGCAGAUGGCUGCGACCCAUAUUGUCGUCUGGAGAUGGAUAAGUUCAAGCCUCAAACAUCUUCGAUUACGAAGUUGGUGUUGCACCAAACUUCCGUAAACCUACUUCAGCUCUCAACGCUAAUCCUUUCGUGUCAAACCCUCAGAUCUUUCACACUAUGUCUGAACACUUGGGUGAUGCGUCAGCCCCUUCAUCGAUGGCGAGAGAUCAUACAAGUUCUAGAGCCAGCAAAAGAUGCCCUAGAAUACCUCAGCCUGGGAUGGAGCCUAGAAGACAUUGAUGGUGAUGAUACAGUUGAAAUGUGUCUAUUACGUGUGCUGCCAAUCAAGUCCCUCAAGCACUUCAGCUCUUUAGCUCAUGUUCGACUUCCGUUCAGGGCAUUGUUCGUAGAAGAACAUGACGAGGAUGAUGAAGAAGGGCCUCCAUAUUCUGUGUAUCCGGCGCCUCUAGAAGACAUUCUUCCGCCAUCCCUGUCUAUUCUAGAAUUGAAUGUGGAGGACUCUGAAAGAAGGACCACGUACGAGGUUGCUUCCGAAAGCUUUGAGCGCCUCCGGCAAUGCGCGCACGACAAAUUGCCGAAGCUGACUAAAGUCGCUGCGGUGGGUAGAAAUGCGUGUACAUCUGAACCAACCGAUCGCGAGAAAGAUCUCGUGACUUUUUUCAAAGAGAUAGGGGUCGAAUUGGACUGGAAUUCUGGUUACGGUGUUGAUUGGCAUCGCUUUGGCCACGAUUUCAAGAUUGGAAACUCCGAAGGCAUAUUGCUUCCAGAUUAUAUCUCGAGUCCGAUUUUGAUUUCGGAUUCAGAUUCCGAAGAAUACAACUGGUAAAAAUGGACUUUCUUUCGGAUUCCGUCCUUGAACGAACCCGUAUGUUCUUUCGGGAAUUUGUUUCCAUUAAGUUUCUCUCGGUUUGAAGCCAGUCGACAGUACCUGUUUCGGUAAUGAUACUUUGGUGAGCUAGACUAUACAAUCACAAAGCUUAGUCAAGAAUCUACCUCGCGCAAUGAGGGU